AUGAUUCCUCCACAGGUUCUGAUUACCAUAUACUGGCUGGGCCGGGCUGCUAACAGCUGCACCUCCUACAACGGGCCCACACUGGACCUGAAGGAGUUUGAAGGCCUGCUGUCACAGAUGCGAAAGGUACAUACGGGGAUGGAUGUAAGGCUUUGACAUGGCUCAGUUUGUUGUAUCCUAGUGCUAGCAAUGACAAGGUAGGGGGUUCAAUUCCUGGAAGGGCAGUGUAUUUUAGGUCCUUUUAGAUGUUCAAAGUAGUUUUGCAGUUGUUAGGUGGCUGUACUAUUAGGAAUAUUAGACUAGAAGGCACUGUCCAACCAAAGCAUAUGUUUUCUUUGGCAAACAUAAGGAUGUUAUGAUGCAAGCUCCCCUCGGGGUGCACUGAUGGUUUUACCACUCCUUCCUUUAUCACUUCACCUCCCUUCCCCUCAUCAUGAAGUCAUCCCUAGAAGAGAAUGCGCUCUUUCCUCUUUCUCUCUCCCCCCCCCCUCCUUCUCACCUCUCUCUUUGUCCAGGGAUGAUCUCAGGCCUUCAACUGGUCUUCCAGAACCAGUGUGUGUCACCUGGACUGUGGUUUUUUACAGACCCCCAUAUAGGGACGUAGCUGUAGUAACCGUUCAGAGCGUGAGGUCACUCCUCUUCCAUUUAUUCCAUUCCCCCACUGUUAUUCUCUUCAAAUGAGAAAUGACCAUUCAGCCUAGAAUUCUUUCACAGAUGUCUGUAUAGUCCAGCACAACAGGGCCUCGUCUCCACUUAACAAAAGGUAAUGAUUGUGACUUAAAGUGAGAGAGAAAUUCAAUAUGUUUAUGAAAUCCUGUCACACGCAAUACAGGAGAUGUAGUGAUAUGUGCUAGCCAUUGUGGUGGUGAGGCUCAAAUGAUGUAAACGUAAUGUUGAUGUAGAGAAACACUAUUUUAACAAAUAACUUUCAGUCAAUCCAUCAGUUGAAUAUCUUGUCUGAAAAUAAAGUAUGAUAGUUGAUUGCCUUAAAAUGGCCAUUGGGUACUCUACAGGUUAGUUAGGCUUUCUGAAAGCUGCUCAGUUUGAUGGUCUCCAGACACAUUCCUAAAGUAGGGCUCUAGGUGUAUUAAUGCUGGGCUGGUACAAAAACCUUCACACCCAUUAGCUUCAGGACCACUGCUGUUGUCUGAGCUGAGGUUUCAGCUUAGGGUUCAUAGGACUGAUCUGACCAAUCAGGAAGACCCCCCCCUAGAGUUGCCACUCAAAGCCAGCCAUUGUACCCCACAACCCCCCCACCCACCAUGAGGUCAUGCCAAGUAGGACCCCAGCAUCCUCCUUCACUCAGGAUCUGGCACAGGGAAGAGAGGGAGGAAUACAAAGGCGGAGUAGAUUGGAGGGGAAGGGGGGGGAAAUGGGUUGAAGUGAGAGGAGGAGGGAGGAGGGAGGGAGGGAGGAAGAAGGGAUAGAGUGGGAGGAGGAGGUAGGAGAGGGAGAGUGGAGAGGAGGAGGAAGAAAGGGAGGUGAGGAGGAGAAAUGAAGGGAUAUGUGUUGAUGGAGAGGGAAUGAGGAGGAAGGAGAGCGGCAUGGAGGGGAGAAGAGGGGGUAGGUGGCAGCCAGGAGGGGGAGGGGGAAACAGGGCAGGACCAGGAGGUUCCUCCGGCAGGCGGGAAGGAAAAGCCUUUCCUCAGCCCAGGAAACUAGAGAAGCCACAGACAAGGUUACACUGUGCAGCUUAAAACACACAGAGAGACAGAAGUAGAAUAUCAAUUAGAAUUGGAGAGAGGGAGAGGAAGUGAAUGUACUUGUCCAUGUUGGAGGAAUCAUGGUGAGGGAGGGAUCCAGAUUGGAUGGGGUAUUGGGAUGAUCUCUACACAAAUGUUUUUACAUUGACGUGUGUGUGUGUGUGCGUCAAUUUGCAUGCUUGUGCGUGUGUGCAUUUGUGUGUCAAAGGAGGCGGAGGACACGGAGAGCCCUCAACGCAGCAUACGGGACAGCGGCUACAUCGACUGCUGGGACUCGGAGCGCAGCGACUCACUCUCCCCGCCUCGCCACGGCCGAGAGGACUCCUUCGACAGCCUGGACUCAUUCGGCUCACGCUCCAGACAGACGCCCUCGCCGGACGUACUGGUCGCCCGCGGCAUCGGCAGUGAUGGUAGGACACUAGACGCCCGGACGGGUUACACUGCGCACACAAGUCACAAGCUUUUACUGUCACAUACUUUCUGGUGUUACCUGGGUCGAAACCUAACAGAAGAAAAUGGACCGAGACCGGGAGGGACUACCUGAACUUGAACUCUCAUUUUCGUUGUAAAACAUUUUCUGUUGCUAAACGGUGUGCACCCUGUUGUGUUAUAGUGGCUUGCAUAGCUGUAACUGUUUUGUUCAUGUAGCUAUCAUCACAUAGUGACUUACCUCAUUUACCACCAAUGGUUUAUUCUGUGCACUUUAAUGAUGCAUGGCAGGCAUUUUCACAUACAGUAUCAUUGGGGCAGGUGGUGGAAUAGUCACCAUCAGCUGAUCUGAAACUAGCUGUCCCUAUCUGCUCUUUUCAACCUCUCCAAUCUAUGGGAUCAUCUGGCAGGGUGUCUCCAUCUGAGCCCAGCUCUGCUAUUGACAUCUGUACAAAGGCGGUUUUGUGUUGUUUCUUCCUUGGCCGACUGUUUAGGGCUGUUGCUGUGGGUUACGUCUCUUUGAAGGCCCUCUUGAGUGAGUGAGUGAAAGUGUGAGUGAGUGAGAGAGAGAGAUCAGGUGAUGGAGAGAGGAGAUGGCAGUCUUGACUGAUGGGUUGCAACAUAUUCCAGAGGAGCUGUUUUUUUACACACCAUUUCUUCAUCUGUUCCAAUCUGUGGUGUUGCACUAGAUGAUGAUACCUGAGAGUGAUGCAUAUCAGUCACAGUGGGUGUGAGUGUAUCUGCCUGUCAUAUAGGGGCACACUCAAUCUUGUGCCUAUAUUUGUAUGCACACCUAGGGACGCAUGCACAUGCACACAUACAACAUUAUUGAUUUAUAUAAUCCCUCUCCUCUCUUAUACAGUCCUAUGGUACCCUUGAGGACUAGCUUCUGUAUAUUAGCAGCUGCAAUAUCCACACAAGACUCACAAGCUCUCCAUCGAACACAUCAGAGGAAAAAUAUGAGAUGUGUUUUAUGUAUUUUCCAGGCAAGGAAAGAGAAGCCAAGAAAACUCCUAGGUUCUUUAUUUUAAAACCCUAUGAUGCUCCUACCAGGCCCUUUUAAAACCCUGAUUGUUCAAGGGGGAGUGAGACAAAAAGAGGCCUAACCAUAACCACACAAGCCUAGCCUGCUGUCAUCUUUUAAUAUACAUGUGCACGCACACAGACAUACACACACACAUAUACACACACACAAACACACAUACACACAGACAGUUAUUAUUUAAGCUGCCUGUCCACCUUUGACCCUAUGCAGCUCAGGUAGCUAUGCGCUCUUUAUCUCUUUUCUCACUGUUUUUCUAUGCACUUUUUGCAGGGCCCAGCAACUCUCUGUUGUUUUCCACUGUGUUUUAAUUUUGGAUGGUGCAAUGAUGACAUUCCUUUACCAGACAAUGGAUGGAAAGGAUUGAAGCAACAGCUCUGCUUAAUUGUCCAUAUUCCAAUGCAUCCACCAUGUUCACAAUGGUCGCAUGUAACAUACGAUGCUUUGAGAAAUGUUUCAUGUCAGAAAGACAGACACGUCAACAGCUGUAAAGAAUAUUUGUGCACUGCACCGAAGACAUGAAUGGAGUCUGAAUUAUAGCUUGGCUGAAUCUGAAGGUGUUUUAUAACGUCAUGCUAGUCAUAAAUUACCAACAGUAUAUUGCAAAGGCUCGUAAAAGGUUGCGAUUUUUGUCACCAAAUGUUUGGGCUGAGAUUCUUAGAACUAAAGGCAAUGCAUGGGCUGAGGCCAAGCUUCCUGUCGAGGGCUAGGGUAUGUUAUUGUUUAGAAGGAUGUGUGGAGGAAACGGCUGUGUCUAUGGGUGAAAGUGCUCAGAGCUGGAGAGGUUGAUGUUUGGUUUGCUGUUGGUUUCUAGGGAAACGCUGAGUUGAUGUUUAGUUGAUGUUGUGUUUGCUGUUUGUUUGUAGAGAAAGUAGAGUGGGUGAUGUUUGGUUAUUAUUGGUUUAUAUCAGACUCAGAGCUCUUAAAGGUACAAUCUAGAAGAUGUUCUGCUGUUCAAUGGUCCAUUUAAUUGAUACCCAUAGGGAUAUUUCUAGUCUCUAGGCCACUCUCAGUAACGUCUAUCCAAGUUGAGAGGUCAGUGGUAGGAUAACUCCAUUGAAACGAAAACCAAUGAAGAAAGUGGUCCUUUUAGACAAAGAUUGUGAAACGCUGAUGUUGAAUUUUGAAAACCUAAGCAGUUAUUUAUAUUUGUUUUCUCUCUCUCUCUCUCCCCAUCUUUCUCUCUCACUCGCUCUCACUCGCUCUCUCUUUCUCUCUCUCACUCUCACUCUCACUCUCACUCUCUCUCUCUCUCUCUCUCUCUCUCUCUCUCCUCUCUCUCUCUCUCUCUCUCUCUCUCUCUCUCUCUCCUCUCUCUCUCUCUCUCUCUCUCUCUCUCACUCUCUCACUCUCGGGGGUGGGGCAACGUUUCAUGGGGGUACUGUGGUGGUUUAAGUCAAAGUCUCUCCCUCUCUUGCACCCACCAGGCCGUGGCAGCGACUCAGAGUCCGAUGCCGGACCCCACGGGGGCAGGAAGCUGCCGGACGUGCGCAAGGAUGACAUGCUGGCUCGGCGGACCUCGGUGAGCGAGCUCCGAGUGAUGGUGCCCUUCAAUCAGUACCUGCCCAACAAGAGCAACGCCAGUGGCUACGUGCCCACACCACUGCGCAGGAAGAGGGGCGACCGCGAGGGCCGGGAGGAGGGCAGUGGAGGGGGUGGGGGCAGCCGCAAAAGCUGGAGUACCGCCACCUCGCCCAUAGGAGGCGAUAUACCCUUCAGGUGAGCAUUGGUGAUGUAGUAGUAGUAGAAGUGAUAGACAGUGGUGGUAGUAGGCUCUGUUCCAAUCGAAGUGGAAUGCUAGUAUGGAUAUUGGAUCGUAGCCAUGGUGUCAUUUGGUAAAUGUGUUGUUGCCACUCUUUUCUCCAGGAAAACUUGCUAUUUGUAACUUGCAUGUACAGUGCUGCUUGAAAGUGUGUGAACCCCUUGUGCAAUUACAGAUUUUUGCAGUUUUUACCAUGAACUCUUCGUUUAAUCAGAACCAGUCUUUUUGAUCUGACAUAACAGAUUUAUAUUUACCAAACCAUAUGUUGGUGUAGAGGAAAUCAUGCGUGUAGUAGAAAAACUAAACUAAAAAGGAAUUAGUGCAGGUGCAAAAAUAAGUGAACCCCAAGUUGCAUUGGUUAAAUCAAGUAGGUAAGUAGAAUCAGGUGGGUAAAUAAUUAGCUACCAAAUGAACCAAUCAAAGGAGAGAUCGUUAGGAAAGAUUUUGGGUGGGGCUCCUGGUAAGAAACCUGGUCAAUUUGGUGUUACCCAUCCAGGUGAAUGCAAAGCACACUAUGCUGAGAGGAAAGGAGAGCUCAGAGGAUAUCAGGACGAGGUUAGUGAGAGCACAUCAGUCUGGGGAAGGCUAUAAAAUCAUCUGAAAAAGAUUUGAGCUCCAUCAGUCCACUGUGAGGCAAAUAAUUUACAAAUGGAGAGCAUUUAACCUGACAGCAACUGGGCCUAGAAGUGGACGCCCUUCCAAAAUAUCCCCAAGAGCCACAAGAACAAUAAUAAAUCAGGUAAAAGCCAACCCAAACAUAAUAUCUAAAGAUUUGCAGACCUCCCUUGCUGCAUCUCAGGUAACUGUGCAUGCUUCAACAAUAAGAAGAACACUGAAUCAAAAUGCCAUUCAUGGGAGGGUUGCUAGAAAGAAGCCUCUGCUGUCAAAAAGAACCAAACUGCCCGUCUUAACUUUGCCAGAGACGUGGUAUAAGGCACUGCAUCGCAGUGCUAGCUGUGCCACUAGAGAUCCUGGUUCGAGUCCAGGCUCUGUCACAGCCGGCCGCAACCGGGAGACCAAUGGGGCGGCGCACAAUUGGCCCAGCGUCAUCCAGGUUAGGGGAGGGUUUGGCCGGAAGGGAUGUUCUUGUCCCAUUGCGCACUAGCUACUCCUGUGGCAGGCCGGGCGCAGUGCACGCUGACACAGUUGCCAGGUGUACGGUGUUUCCUCCGACACAUUGGUGCGGGUGGCUUCCGGGUUAAGCGGGCAUUGUGUCAAGAAGCAGUGCGGCUCGGUUGGGUUGGGUUUCGGAGGACGCACGUCUCUCGACCUUCGCCUCUCCCGAGUCCGUAUGGGAGUUGCAGCGAUGGGACAAGACUGUAACUACCAAUUGGAUACCACGAAAUUGGGGAGAAUAAAAGGGGUAAAAAAAAUUAAAAAAUACAAAUUAAAGUAAAAUUAUACACUUUGCCAGGGACCACCUGGACAAAGGUUUCUGGAAGUCCAUUCUCUGGACCGAUGAGUCCAAAAUUGACAUUUUUGGUCACAAUCAACACCACUAUGUUUGGCGAAAACCCAACACUGCCUACCACCAAAAUAACCUUAUCCCAACAGUCUAGCAUGGUGGUGGGAAUGUCAAGAUCUGGGGCUGCUUUUCCUCCUCUGGACCUGGAUGACUCCACAUCAUUAAGGGAACCAUUAAUUCAGCGGUAUACCAGGAGAUUCUUGAACAGAAUGUCAGGCCAUCAGUCAAGGAGCUAAAGCUGGGCCGAAAAUGGGUCAUCCAACAAGACAACGACCCAAAGCAUUCAAGCAAAUCUACCAAAGAAUGGCUCAGGAGAAAGAAAAUGUGUGUUUUGGAUUGGCCAAGUCAAAGUCCUGACCUAAAUCCAAUCGAGAUGCUGUGGCAGGACCCGAAGCAGGCAGUUCAUGCCAGACACCCCUCAAACCUCACUCAAUUGGCUGAGUUCUGUAAGGAGCAGUGGGCAAAAAUCCCUCAAAACAGAUGUCAGAGACUGAUUACUGGCUAUAGGAGACAUUUAGUCCAAGUUAUCGCUGCUAAUGGAGGUGCCACAAGCUAUUGACUGAAGGGGUUCACAUAUUUUUGCACACAUCAAAUCUGAGUUUGUGUUAAAUAAACCACUUUUGUUAAAUAAAUCUUAUUUGCUGAUAUAGUAUUUGUCAUAUAUUGAGGAAGUACCUCCCAUAUUCAUGUUGUUCACUAAAGUGAUAACUGUUCUCCAAAAUACUCAUCACCACUCGAUUCCUUCCUGAGACGGUUCUCUGGAUGAGGCCCAUAUUGAGAUGAUUUGCUUUAUUUACACAGCAAGAGAGGAGGUUGGCGUACACUCCUUAGCUGCUCGUUAGCCUAGCGUUCUGUGUUAGCCACGGAUAACACGCGCCAAAUGGGCCAUCAAUCUAAACAUUAGCCAAAAUGCUAACGGCUCGUUCUCUGUUAUUACCAUUGAGACAAAACAAACUCGGAGUGCUUAUUCUUUAUUUUCUAAAAGUGUCAGCAUGUGAUGAUGGACUGCUUCUCUCCAUAUCACUGAUUUGUUAUUUCUUCCACCAGAUCUGACACAGCACAUCAAAAACAGCUACCUCCAGCCAAUUUUCCUUCAUACUGUAAUUCCCAAAAUACACAAGGGAGACUGGAAAUGUCCUGUCUGAUGUGGAACAUGCAUGUUUAAAGAGAUUCUCCUGUACUUUUGUAUACUUUUUAGCCAGUAGUUCUGAAAGUAGUUCUCACGAGCCAAAAGUGGUCCCUGAAAAUUGUAUGCUAAAUUACGUAUGUGCAGAUAUGUGCACCACGUCAUUUCUCUCUCUCUCGCUCUGCUGUGGGUGCAUCAUGUGCGUAUUGAUAGCUGCAUCUCUUAUGGCGAGGGGCUGAAGCUCAUUGGUUGAGCUCGAAUUGCUAGGGGGCUGGCCCACAUGGGGGAAAAUGUAGGGAAAAUGGCGCAGCACGGCUUCUAGAAAAACAGUUGCUUUCAAACUAGGUAUUUCAUGGCUAAUUAAGGUAAGACAGUAAUUCUGCUCAUAGAUUAUUCAUGUAUGAUCUACACAUUGACACAUCCAGCUCAAUGCCAGUGUAGCUCAGUUGGUAGAGCAUGGCGCUUGCAAUGCCAGGGUUGUGGGUUCGAUUCCCACUGGGGCCACUAACUGUAAGUCGCUCUGGAUAAGAGCGUCUGCUAAAUGACUAAAAUGUAAAAUGUAAAGCGUGAGUUAAAAAAUACUUGGUAGUCACCAAAGUUCUGGAGCAGGUCUUUAAGAAAAUGAAAAAUAUAUAUUUUUUGGUACUGUGGUGGCGUGAAGGGAGGGGUUGAUGGAGACCAGAUGUGUGUCUUGAUUAGCCGAGGCCGAAGCACUCAGAGAAAAGCCAGCAACAGGCGAGACAUUUGCUAUGCAGACACAGAUGGGUGACUCCUAAAAUGUGUGAGCGACUUUGGCUACUAUAUGACUCGGUUGAGUGUUGUUGGAAAACGAUAUCAAAACAGCAUAUUGAGGUUUUCAUGAAACUAAAAUACGGCUUGUUCCACUCAUCUCGUAAUAAGGUAAUGCUAACCCUAUCUGAGUACAUGUAUGUGGACGUGUGCAUGCGUCAGUGUAUUUCUACGCCUCUGUGUGUAUUUGUGCGUGCGCUUGCAUGAGAUCUUGAGAUGGGCUUGACCUUUUUUACCGAGGUCAUCGGGUCCCUGACCAAUACCAACCAGUACAUUAUUCUUCAUUCAGCUUGUUCUGAUUUUCAGUGACUCUUUAUUCAAAUGCUUUGAGGUUGUUAUUACAUCAUCGUUACGUUCUGUUUAUUUGCUCUUCUUUCCUUUCACAUGUUUCCAUUGGUGUUGUUCCUUUUUGGUACUCCCAUUGUCAUUGUGCAUAUGAUCACAUUAUGACUGUGUUUUGUGGUAAUGCUUGCGUGUUUCACAUGUCUUGUGGCUUUGUUUGUGCUACGCUGUGUCAUGGUUGCAUGUUGGUGUUGUUGUGAUUGCCUCUUGUGUGGGUGUGCGUGCAUGUGUGUGUAUAACAGUCCAACUGAACUCCCCACCCUAGAGUUACCCCCAGUUAUAGCCCCUAUUGAGCCCCCGUCCCCCGAGCCCCAAGCCCAACCCCUUCCCCAACCACAGAAUCAGUCAGAAGAAGAACACAGGGGCGAGGAAGAACAGGAGGAGAGGAAAGAGGAGAAAGGGAGGUUGACCCCGGCAUGCCCGUGGAGACAGGAGUGGAAGGAGAGGGAGGAGGAGUAUGAACUUCACUCCUACACCCCCCCUCAGCGCUCAAAGACCCCCACACUCACCCACAGGGAGACGGCUAUACACCUGACUGUGACUGCUGAGCAAAGGUGCCAAUCACUGUAUGCCCUAACCCCUAAAGCCAAAACCCUAACCCCUCACCCCAACCCAACAACCCCCAUUUCCUUUUAAUAACCCCUUACCCCAACAAUCCCCAGACAAGAGACUUUUCCGUAAAGUCUCUAUUGUCUCAUCAAGCCACAGUUCCAAUGACCCCAACUUAAUUUCCCUGUAAGAUGUAUUGAACUAAGGUGCCAAUUUGAUUUCCUUGUUCACUGUUUUGGUGAUGACACCUUUAAACACGCCCAUGCAGACACUUCUGCAGACAACUACUUACACAAACUCUGAGAGAUUCAGUGAACCAUUUCAUAAGAACAUAACUUUGCCUGUUAUUUUCCGACAAGGACAUGACUGAUGCUCAUUUGGGGCCGUGGUGAGUUGAAUUUGGAUCCACCCUGUGAAUAUGUCUGCUUUCUCUGGCCUCGAUAAUAUCUGAAGACCUGGCUUGUCACUAUGUUGGCUGACUAACCACACUAAAGAUGAAAUAGGACUUAUGUACAGAGCAUGUUCCAAGACUGCGUCCUAAAUGGCACACUAUUCCCGAUAUAGUGCACUAUGGGCCCUGGUCAAAAAUAGGGGCACUAUAUAGGGAAUACGGUGCCAUUUAGGACAUACCCAAGGUCCAAGGAACAUUCCAAACAUAAGUUGUGCUGUGGCCUAGUGCUGUGAAAACCAAGCUCAGACGUUUGGGGUUUUGGUGUUUGCCAGGAGUCUGCUGUUUGCAAUGUUUGUUGUCCUCUUUAUUUCUGAGGAGUCGCUCUAUGUGUUCCUGGCAGUUGUAUUGACAUCCGUCCUUUAGCAACUCCUUAUGGCCUUCUGCCUGUUAGUUGUUUGGCUACUGUUGUUUACAGUUGCAUUCUAGUAAUUUAACAUACGCUCUUAUCCAGAACGACUGUCGGUGCUUUCAACUAGGUCAUAGGUAAAACAACCACACAUGUGUAUUACAAGAGGGUAUUUGAAAUGCACAAACUCAAAUGGCAUUAAUUUGUUCCCUUCUUUCUGGAUAAAUGGGUGUUAUAUCUCCUUUCGACAGAGAUUGACCUCAUGACCUAUGAAGAGAGUAUUUUUCUGAUUGAUCACAUGGCAACAUGGUGCUAUUGGCGGAGUCGAUAUUCACGUAAUAAGAAGGAAUUCCCCUCGACCACACCCACAAAUUGGGGAAAACAAAUAUUAUUUCCCAUUGACCCCCAGUGUAAAAGAGCCAACUUCGUCAACAGAAAUAACUAAACAUGCCAGGUCAAAAUCCCUGACCUACAGUUCACAAUACUCCCACAUAGGGAAAUAGAGCCUGCGAUAAGAGCCCUGUGGCUUCAGGCUAUUCACCAUAGGAGAGUGGGAAAUGUGGGGACCCGGUGUCCAAGUACGCUACACAGAGCUAUGUGUGUGGAAAACAUUUCAUCACAGGUAAGUCAUUUAACUUGUUUAGUAAAGUCAGUUUGUAACUCCACUCACUACUUGUAGCUGUAUAGUCUGUUUGUUUGUGUUGUUGGGCUUGGCUAGCUAAUGUUUCCGGUCGGUAGCUAGCUCGCACUCGCUCACGUGGCUGCUAGCACCGUCAUGAAAAGGGGCAUGAGGGAAGCCCUACAAUAUAACAUGUUUCUAAGUAGUGAGAACGCUCGGGCAGUGUUGCCAACUAUUUUUCAGUGAGAUCCGCUAUUGGCUCUUUGAUUUGUCGCUAGAAGUUGCUAGAUGACAUUUUGUGGUUGCUGCGACGACGUCACAGUACCAAUUUGCCUUGCUGUGGCACAGCUGCAGUCCCCAACGUAGUGUUUUCGUCCCUUCUCCCGUCGGAUACCCCCUCCCCUGGUGCUUCUCUGCCUGUGUGUGUGUCAUUGCUGUGACUUCUGUUACAGACAGCUUCUCCCACUCUCGUUUGUGGCAGAAUUUAGUGGGAAAAGUCGCUAAAUGCUAUUAAAACCAUAGAAACCCUCGUCAAAACUCCCCAAAGGCGGCCUGAAAAAUAGUUGCAUUUGUCGCUAGAAUCUUUUACCAAUAAAAGUCGCUGGAGGGCUGAAAACUUGCUAAAUAUAGCGACAAAGUCACUAAAUUGGCAACACUGCGCUCGGGAGCAGGCAAUGUUUAAAAGUAAUCUUUAGACAUGGUGUACUGUUCUUCAAUGUAGUUUUUAAUUGACUAAAACAAGCAGACAACAAAAAAAUUGCAUUUGAAUAAGGUGAAGUUUUUGCUGUGAGCCAAUGGGGUAACCUAGGUAACCACAGGUUGUUUUCCCCAGAGGCGGGCAGGGCCGCUACGUUCUAUCUAAUACCGACUGAGUCUAUGGCACUGGUUGGAGAUAAUCAGCAAGUCACCAUGCUGCCGUUGUAUAUGGCAAACACACGUUGGUUGUUCACGCACACACACACACAUUUGAUAUAGAUGCAGCCUUGCACACACACACACACACACACACACACCAAAUACUUGCCAUAGUCUAGCUAGCCUACCCAUACUGUGUUACAGUAUUUUAUAUAUCCAGAUUGAUUUUUUGCUAUACAACACACAGGGAACCCACCCUCAGGAAGUAGGAAAUGAGAGGUCCUUCCGCCUCUGAACCACGACCAGGGCUGGGAUAUGGUGUGCCCUUCUCACUGCCUGAACAGCUGUACACAUUCUCAAUGGCACACAUCCUGAACAUGGAAGAGGACAUUACAUUAGAUCUUUUUCUGAAUUUUUUCAAUGACGGACAGUGGUAACAGUGUGAUAAUGAAAAUGACUCGUAGAAUGUAAGGCCUAGUAUAAUAUUGGUAAGGAGAAAAGUCAUUUUUAGUAGCUUGAACCAUGUAUUGAAAAUGUUUAUUAAGAGUGGGGCUAUUUAAGUUAACUGUGCCUAUGCGUCAAGCAAAUAAUAAUAUUGUUUUUGGGGGUAGUUACCAAAGCUGACUAGCUAUAGCUAUUGUGGGUUUUCUCCCAAUACAAUCUUUGUGAGUCACUAGUGUUUUGUCUGCUUUUCUUCCGAAAUCUACCUUCCAGGUGUACUAAUGUGAGUUUUUAUAAUAGGAUUUGAAUCGAAAGGAUUUUGUGUAUGUGUGUUUGGGUAUGAUUCUGCAUCUGUGUCUGAAAUGGUUCCACAACCCUUAAGAACAAACCCUUUCGAUUCAAGGCCAAGGUCAUUAUACUACAACAAUUACGGGAAGGGCACGGUUAAUCUAAUAUCCGGAUAUCUGAAUGGACGUUAUUAUUCGAUUACUUGAGUGAGUGUUCAUUUUUGGAUAAAACAAUUUUUGGCCCUAUUUUAAUGCUUUGUUAUCAAUUAAAUUAGAUCAUCCUUGUGAUAUUGUUGCCUACAAGGAUCUACCAUGUCAUUUGAAAUACUUAAUUUAAUAAAACAAACUUUUGAAUGUCGUUUUUACAGUGGUGAGCUACUGCUGCGCAUUUAGCCCUCCAGGCUGCCCUAUUUCUCCCACUUCAAAUAGCAAUUACAGGCACACACCUAACAGAGUUUCCAAAAGACCUGAAACCGAUCAAUGCAAGACACUCACCAGAAUAUAUUUUUGUAACAGAAUCAAUUAUAUUAUGGUGGAAAUCAGACUUCUCUUUCACUGUUGGGUUGUUCCACCUCAAAAAGCACAAGAAAGUAGAUUUCAACACCGACCAUCUCAGAUUGUUCUGAAAUCGUUUCUGUUAGAAACAGAUAAGAUUAGCAUUCGUGCAACAUUAUCUUGUUGAAAUAUAAUUUAAUCUCUGAGAAAUUAAGCUAAUUGGUUGCGCCCAAAUUGGCCAUUUUAAUUCAUAAGAUUCAGAUAAUAUUAAAUAAAUAUAGUACCAAACAUUUUUCUAACAAUGAGUAAGACAUGAGGAAUCCAAAGAAAUGGUCAAAGGUCACCCAAGGACCCCUCACACCCCAUGUCAAUCCCACCCCAAAAACGAGUAUAUAGUAUCAGUUAUCUAUGUCUGACAAGUAGUAUGGAGCUGCGGAUCGGAGUAUUGUUUCUUCAUCCUAUGUAAUGUAUUCUCAGUUAAUUUGGUGUUGUUUUUUUCCCCCUGUUCAGAGAAAUUAGUCAUUGAAGUUGUUAGGUUUAUAUCCCAUCCUACAUCCUGAUAUUACCAGAUUUUAACCGCUAGAUGGUGCUGUUCCUACUAUUAGGUGAACAAAGUUUGAAGAAUGUGUGGUCCAAAUUGGAUGUUGGGUACAUUUUACAUUUUAGUCAUUUAGCAGACGCUCUUAUCCAGAGCGACUUACAGUUAGUGAGUGCAUACAUUUUCAUACUGCCCCCCCGUGGGAAUCGAACCCACAACCCUGGCAUUGCAAACGCCAUGCUCUACCAACUGAGCUACACGGGGCCACUAUAAUUAUUGAAUAUUAUAUGAAACCUUUAAAUUAAAAUGGGCAAUUUCUCAGAGAUUAAAUUAUAUUUCAACAAAAUAAAGUUGCCGAAUGCUUAACUUAUCUGUUUCUAACCAUUUCAGAACAAUCUGAGAUGGUAAGUGUCAUGGCUUGCUGAAAUGACAUGGAACGACCCUGUUGCUUUUAGCCAAAAACUACCGGAGAAAGCAGCCUUCCGCUGUUUACCUCUGCCACGUGCAUUUGUGUAAUUAUGAUUGGUCAAGAGAGACGAGCAUUUAUUUUUUUAGAAUUUAGACUAUCUAGUUAGCGGUAAGCGCUAGUAGCAUUUCAAUUGGUGACGUUACUCGCUCUGAGACCUUGAAGUAGUUGUUUCCCCGGAAGCAACACUGUUACAUUGCCUCGCCCCAAUGUAACAGUGUUGCUUCCGUCCCUCUCCUCGCCCCUACCUGGGCUUGAACCAGGGACCCUCUGCACACAUCGACAACAGUCACCCUCGAAGCACCGUUACCCGUCGCUCCACAAAAGCCGCGGCCCUUGCAGAGCAAAGGGAAACAACUAGUUCAAGGUCUCAGAGCGAGUGACGUCUCCAAUUGAAACGCUACUAGCGCGCACCGCUAACUAGCUAGCCAUUUCACACCGGUUACAUGGAUAUCCUAAUUUGUUUUAUUAUAUUAUUUCAAUAGUGAAAUAAUGUCAAAUGCCCUACGACCUUGGUCAAUGCUAACCGAACCACUCUCUCAGCAGUAGCCCCGCCCGCUCAUGCUCCGAGGAACUAUACCGCCCGUCAUCCCUGACAACCAGCCCCAUGACUACCUCCAUCGUCGUGACGAGCCCCCUUAGCCCCAGGGCCAGCCUGGACACAACCAAGAAGUUCCCUCCCCCUACCAUGAUUGACAGGGAGGAGGCGGGGCCAAAGAAGGUGGGGCUGUCCAUAUCACUGGUGACAGACACGGGGAGGAACGACGACAUGUGGGCUCGCCGCACCCUUACCUCGCCAAAAUACGGCGGCACCACUGGUCCAAGCCAAUUCCUGCCCGUUCCUGCAGCUGGGGCAACCACCACGCUGACCAUCACCUGCCAGGGUCGCAUGGGAAAGUCGGAGGUUGAAGGUCGCGACGGCGACAAACCAGCUGUGGCGAAAUGUCCAUCUUGGCUUGACGACGACCUCCCUCCAAUGUGAGCCUGUCGUCCAUUGACUAGGAUUGAGUGACCGAUACAAAAUGCUCAGUUGGCUAAGGGAGGAGCAUCACACCUAAACGGACACAACAUAUUGGGUUUCUCCCAGCCUACCCAGAUCAGAUACAGAGAACUACAUUACCCAUCAUCCUUCAGUAGACAUUUAGAAAUCCUGCUUCAUACGCAUGCGGCCGUGCCCUCGAGCAGUGAUGCACACCUCUGGAUGGCAAACGUGAAGAUUGCAUGACCUUUCGCUAUUAAUACUUUUUGGGUUUGUAUGUUUUUGCACAUGUGAGGAUGAUUUGACAGUGACCUUUAAAUAUCCUUGCAUGGUGACCUUUGAAAUUUGACCUUUUCCAAUACACACUGGUUACAGCAACUCCCUCAAAAUCGUAUUUACAUUGUAUUACUUCUUAGUUUUGUCCAAGGAAUGUUGCUAUUUAAUAAUUGUUGAAUAUACAGGGCUGUGCAUGUAUGCGUCAAUGUGCUUAAACACUUGCAAAUAUAUGCAUACAUGGUAAACAUAUUACAUAGAGUUGACUGAAACUCUGUUACUAGAAUACAUUGAUCACACUGGUAGUAGUAGAAAAUAUGGCCUUUCGCUCUGUGUGGCAGAUAUGACACAUAUAUGACAAAUACAUACAGCCCGUAAAACAAUAUAUCUGCUGUCCAUUUCGUAAGACCUCUCGUCACUGGGUUUCCCCCUUUCUUGUGGCUAGUCUUAAUAGGACCACAAGACACACUUUCACUCACACCCUUCCCAACGUCAGAAAGGCAGCUUUAAAAGCUCUCUGUGGCCCAGAACUUAAACCCAAACCCGAUUAACCCAAACCUCCAAUUUGGGUAUUGUGGUGGCAAAAGACGAAGAAACCCAGCUUUGAAGAUGUGUUAUGAGCAGGCUAAUAAAAUAUGCAUGCUUUUAUUGCUAGUUUUAUUUUAGACUGCAUCAUGAGAUCAUUUCCAUCUGCGCCAUACAAUAGAGGCCUAUAGUGCAGUGAAUUCUGUGGGUUUUUUCCCCAAGUGCUGAGCUGGUUGUGUUCUUGUUUAGAGUGCCACCUUGUGUUCAAAUGGACACUGUUUUUAUCAAUCUGUAGAUCUAUCCAGAAUAACCAUACUGUAAACCCAUUGUUCUGCUAUUUAAGACAAUAAUUGCUCACUUUGUAAUAAUACUGAACCUACAGUAUCUCAUUAAACUCUCAUGAUUGUUUACAAAGAGCUCAUAGUGUUGUCAACGGUAACCCAUAGAGUAAACCUCCAGGUGUUUUCAACACACAUCCUAUAUUCCUUAUAUCAGACUUCUUUACUAUUCUCAUAUCUGUAUGUAUUGUGUUGUAGUUGUGUGUAUGUUCAUUAGUGUGCUCUUUCUCCAUGUCUCUGCUUUCGUAGAUUCAGUCACAGAGCUGCUAGUGUGUCAGAUGACCCAGAGUAAGUGGUUCUUUGUUACCCAUCGGCAGUACAUCCCUGCUAAACCACACCUGCCAAGUAUGCCAACUUCUAGACAUGUCUAUCUGUAGGGAGUUGAUGGGUGUAAGCAAUAUGGUGGAAACUCUGGACUAUUGGACUUUUAACCAUGUUACACCCAUCCUAUUCAUUCAGAUUUAGCAGGGAGGGACUAGCGGUUGACUUCAAAUGAAGAUGCUUGUGUUUGUAACCAGCUUCUGUCAUCUGCAUGUCUCACUCACACUCACUCUCAAACGCAAACGCUGGAACUCAAGACGCGCGCAUGAAUCCUAACUGCAAGGGUGAACCCUAAAAUGUCUGCGAGACACUUAUCCAGCCUCACCGAGUUGCUGUGUAUCUUAUAGCUUUCGAGGGUCUAAUGUGGAAUGGGGUGGCCCUAGAUUACUCUCCUGUCUUGUGGACAGCUCAUAGUCUCGUAAACCCCAGACGCUAGGCAACAGCAGUGACUAGGGUCUGAUUUCAAUAAUGGACUCUUUUGGCAACUUCGAUAAGGGGGGAAGAAAUUGUUCCGGGGUGGGUCCUCUUCAGACAGACAACUCUCCCAACAAAUCACGAGGCAGACAUGCCUGAAUGUCGUGAUUCAAAACCAAAGUUUGCAGGCAAAAGCUUGCAGUGGUUUUACAUUAACAUUUCCAUUUUAGUCAUUUAGCAGACGCUCUUAUCCAGAGCGACUUACGUUAGUGCAUACAUGUUUUUCGGGUGGGGGGCGCCGUGGGAUUUAUUUAAGAUACUCUUUAAAGAGGUAGGGUUUCAGACAUUUUCAGAAGAUGGUCAGUUUUAGUGAAGGUAGCUGAUGCAAACUAGCCACUUGCGAAAUGCACUCAUUGAAAAUAACCUCUGUGAUCUUCAUCUUGCUAGCUGCUAUUUAGUAUUUUAUUCAAGCAGAUGAAGUAGUGACGUAGUUCUUCUAUACCAAACUGAUGUUCUAUUACGUUCAGCCGCUGUUCAGCCGGAAAAUUUUUGUGGGAGACUAGAGAGCUCACCAUAUGAUGCAUGUCUCAUACACUCACACACAAGGAUAUGUACCAGCACUGUAACAAUGUAUGAGGAUCUCACUGUGGUUCUCAAAACAAGACCUGGAUCAAAUGUAUAACUGAUGCUCUGUGCUGUGUACAGAUAGGCGACUGUAUAUAUGACCUUUUGACAGCAUGUUGCUUUACAUGUUAUCAUCUGCCUUUAAUUAUUAACGUUAUCUCUGCUGCCUUCUGUUUUGCAUGGUUCUACACAGUAUAAUACAAACUAAUGUAUACAGAAGAGUAAUAUCCAAUAAUAUAAUAUGUGUGGUAUUGUCAGAAUAAUAAUGAGUUCCUUUUGGGUUUUGAGUACAGAAGGUGUAUCUGACCAUUGACCCUGUUUGACCUUUCCUGGCUGAACUAUCAUCACUACGGCAACUCCAGAGCUCCAGAAAACAUUACUCCAUUACUGUGCCUGAAAAUAAAACACUUUCUGUCUAUACCGUAUACAUGACUUCUCUCCCAGUGAAUCUCUCUAUAACUCCUUCCAUCUCCUUGUUCCCCUCUCUCCUCUCUUGUCUUCCCCUCUCUCCUCCCUUGUCUUCCCCUCUCUUCCCCUCUCUCCUCCUCCCUUGUCUUCCCUCUCUCCUCUCUUGUCUUCCCCUCCUCCACUUGUCUUCUCCUCCCUUGUCUUCCCCUCUCUCCUCCCUUGUCUUCCCCUCUCUCCUCUCUUGUCUUUCUCCCUCUCUCUCCUCCCUUGUCUUCCCCUCUCUCCUCUCUUGUCUUCCCCUCUCUCCUCCCUUGUCUUCCCCUCUCUCCUCUCUUGUCUUCCCCUCUCUCCUCCUUGUCUUCCCCUCUCUCCUCCUCUUGUCUUCCCCUCUCUCCUCCUCUUGUCUUCCCCUCUCUCCUCCCUUGUCUUCCCCUCUCUCUCUUUCUUCCCCUCUCUUCUGUCUUCCCUUCCCUCUCCCCCUGUGUCUUCCCCUCUCUCCUCCCUUGUCUUCCCCUCUCUCCUCUCUUGUCUUCCCCUCUCCUCCCUUGUCUUCCCCUCUCUCCUCCCUUGUCCUUCCCCUCUUCUCCUCCUUGUCCUUCCCCUCUCCUCCCUCCCCCUUGGCUUCCCCUCUCUCCUCCUUGUCUUCCCCCUCUCUCCUCCCUUGUCCCCUUCCCCCCUUCUUCCUCCGCUCCUUGUUCCUUCCCCCUCUCUCUUGUCUUCCCCCUCUCUCCCCCUUGUCCUUCUCCUCGCUCUCUCUUGUCUUCCCCUCUCUAUCCUCCGCUUGUCUUCCCCCUCUCCUCCUCCCUUGUCUUCUCCCCUUCUCUCCCUUUGUCCUUCCCCCUCUCUCCUCUCUUGUCUUCCCCUCUCUCCCUCCCUUGUCUUCCCCCUCUCUCCUCGUCUUGUCUUCCCCUCCUCUCUCUCUUUCCUUGUCGUUGCCCCUCUCUCCUCCCUUGUCUUCCCCUUUCUCCCUCCUUGUCCUUCCCUCCACACUCUCUCCUCUCUUGUUCCUUCCCCUCUCUCCUCUCUUGUCUUCCCCUCUCUCCUCUCUUGUCUUCCCCUCUCUCCUCUCUUGUCUUCUCCUCUCCUUUCUCUCCUUUCUUUUCUCAGGAGUGUGAGUAUGAUUGACAUGCGUUGUGAGGAGGACGGCAUCUUGCCACACCACAGCCAGGUGCGCCACGAGCUCAUGCACAACCAGUACAACAUGAUGAAGGAAGAAGAGGACCACUGGCAGGACGUAAGCACUCACUCACACACACACAUCCUAAUACACUUUCAUACACACACUCGUACACUUACACACACACACUUACACACUCACGCAUUCAUACAGUCAUACAUCUACUGUCUGUGUGUUAGGACCUAGCCCGGUGGAAGAGUCGCAGGAGAAGCGUCUCCCAGGACCUGAUCAAGAAGGAGGAAGAGAGGAAGAUGAUGGAGAAGCUGAUGACGGGUGAGGGAGGAGCCAUCUCUCAGAGGAGGAAGAGCAUCAAGACCUAUCGGGAGAUCGUUGAGGAGAAGUACGUCACAAGGAAAUCCUCAAUUUUAGGUCAAACCCUGGUUUCCAUAUUGUUGGUUGUCUCCAUGUACAGUAUAGGCCUAUACCUACUCUCUUCUAUCCGGGCCUGUUGUUUUUUUAUCUCAUCCUGGCCUCAACCUAUUUUAUAACUGCAUCAGGGGAUCAUAGCCGGGUAAUAAGGCUUGAUUCCCGCUUAUGGCUAGAAAGAAGCUUGUUCAGGCCACUUUUCUCUCUGUAUUUGAAUAUGGUGACUUGUUGUAUAUGCAUGCAGCCUCCUCUGUAUUACAGAUACUGGACUCUGUUUAUCAUGCAUCCUUGCGCUUUAUUACAAAUGCCAAGUCACUCACCCACCAUUGCACCUUGUACCAAAUGGUGGGUUGGACCUCACUUUAUAUGCGCAGAAAGAUACUUUUAUAUGUGUUCAUCUACAAAGCUCUUUUGGGUAAACUCUCUCUUUACCUCUGUAGUCUGGUCUCCUUCACCACCAGCAGUUACCAUACCCGGUCUGCUAGGUGGUUGCUACUUAAAGUCCCCAUUUACAGUAUUAAGCAAGACUGCCUACUCGUCUUGUGCACCAGAGGCAUGGAAUAGUCUACAAUCCAUGCUUCAUCUAGAUAUGUUAGUGCCACUGAAUUAAUUUACAUUUUUUAUGGGAGACUCUGUUACAGAGGAGUGUAAAUGCUUAUUUUAGGCUGGAUCAUGUUGUUGUGUUGUGUUAUUGUAUGUUUUAAUUCUGUAAUGUAUUGAUUGUUGCUGCCUUCUUGGCCAGGUCUCCCUUGAAAAAGAGACUCUGGGUCUCAAUGGGCUUUUCCUGGUUAAAUAAAAAUAAAAAAUAGCAAUGUACACAUGUUUCAACAAUGAUGCUUUCGUCAGUGUGUAGCCAGUCACAUGGCCCCUGUCUCACCUUGUCCUCCCGUCUCUCCUCCCCUAGGGAGCGUCGUGAGAACGACCUCCGCGAGGCCUACCGGUUGGCCCGCACACCCGAGGAGGCGGCGUUGGUCCUCCACCGCUAUGCCCAGCGCUUCACCAUUAGUGAAGCGGUGCUAGAGCGCCUGCAACUGCCCAAACUACUGGACAGGAGCAUCUCUGAGGAUCCCACUGCUACCACCAACACACGUCUCACCCUCACCCCAACUUCCUGUUCUCCCACCCCCACCUCCCCGGAAGAAGAUCCAAAUGGCCCCCUAAAGUACCUGAGGCAGCAGUCGCUCCCAGCACCCAAGUUUACCGCUACUGUCGAGGCCCAGGUGGUGGGGUUCCCCCAGGAUCCGUCUCAUCGCCCCCAGAUUCGGUCGUGCAAGCCUGAACCAAACCCCUCUAUCCGGGCUGUCUCACCCAAGUCUGUGCCUUUGCUGAUGCCCAAGCCUUACAGCCAACCCAAGGGCAUGCAGAUGCUGGUGGGACCCAGGCCAGGCAAGGUGAGGCACAAAAUGCCAGCUAAUGGCAAGGGUUUUAUCAGUGUUAUCACUAGUGUAUUUUACUAUAAAAUUGUGUUUGAACCAGGGUUUCAAUUACCAGGGUACCAUGGGGUUGUUUGCCAUUCAUCCCCCAAAGUAGUUUGAAUGUUUUGUUCAGCCUAGUCUUCCAAGGGCACACCAAGAUGUAUUGUGUAAAUGGAACCCUGAUCUUGGCAUUUACAUUAGAAUAGCAGACAGAAACCAUGGAGAUUGGGUGUCAUGUUUUCAGUCAGAAACCAUGGAGAUUGGGUGUCAUGUUUUCAGACAGAAACCAUGGAGAUUGGGUGUCAUGUUUUCAGACAAAAAGAUAGAAAUCCCUUUUCCCUUUUCCCCAAGUCUGUUGCAACGUCUCAAUUCAGCAUAACAGGAUGUUCAUUUUCAUCCUCAGAGCCAUUCCAAUGGAAGAUAACAUGGUUUGGGGUUAUUAUGGGAACAAACCGGGACUUCUUCCCACUUCUGUGUCUGGAAUCUCUUAUUUGGAGCUGAGUGGAGCCUGAAUGGAGGGCUCUGUUCCGUAUUGACUUAAGAAGUUGACAAGUAGGCCCUCUCAAUGUGAAGUGGGUCUCCGGGCAGACAGAGAGGACCACACAGACUGAGGGGGGAUUGUGGGUAGUGAGUCCCCCUCCAUUCAACAACCCCCCUGUGUGUCUGGAGUUAGCACUUUGCGCUCCUCACACAUACAUUACAGCCUUUCAUUUAGUCCCAGCAUGUUAUCAGGGGCUAGCUGAAUAUCUUAUAGGCCAGAGUUACAUGAAUGAGUUAGGGUUUUAUUUACAACAUGGGGAAACUUCCGGUCUGGGUGGUCUGGAAUAGAACUGUCUGGUCAUAUUGCGGUCGUUGCUGUGGAGUGUGGUAUUUGGGAGGUUUCAUCCCAGUUGACUGUUCUUGUUUUGCUGUCUGAAGGAUAUUUUUGGUGAGGAUACUGUGUCUCUAAAAUGGGGUUUAUGUGUUGGAUUUUUACAUUGAAAUGCAUCUCUGUAGUGUGUGUGCUGUAUGUAUGUGCAUACAUGUGUGUUUUCUCUAAGCCUUCAGUCUCUAACCUGUGUACUCAGGUGGACGACUUGCUGCGAGUGAACGGCGACAUGGGCAAUGAUGAGGUCACCACUCCAGAGAGCGAGGGAAGGACCUCCCCGCUACUGUUCUACCCCUCCCCUGCCACGCCUACAGCCUCCUCUGACGGUUCCGACACACCCCCAUGUGAGGCCACUCUCCUACCCACACAUAGCCCCUCCCCCAGGGCAAGCCCAUUACCAGCCAAGCUAGCUGUGGCACAGGGUGGCACAGGCACUGCAGUGACAUCUUCUUCAGUGCCAGGAGAAAGUGAUGCCCAGGAGAAGGGUAAUGCACAGGAGUCUACCCCGCCUAGCCGGCCCACCUCACUGCCCUCGGUGAGCACCUAAUACAUGCAGCCAAGCCUGCUUUGUUUCUGUGAAAAAAAACAUAUUUAUUCAAAAGGGUCUGAAAAGACUUGGAACAAUGUAGGUUGUGGCUUGCAUCUUGACAAACUGUCAGUGGUGUGAAGUACUUAAGUAAAAAUACUUGAAAGUACUACUUAAGUAGUUUUUUGGGCUAUCUGUACUUUACUUUACUAUUUAUAUUUUUAUUACUUUUACUUUUACUUCACUACAUUCCUAAUGAAAAUUAUGUACUUUUUACAUUUUCCCUGACACCCAAAAGUACUCAUUGCAUUUUGAAUGCUUAGCAGGACAGGAAAAUGGUCUAAUUCACACAUUUAUCAAGAGAACAUCACUGGUCAUUCCUACUGCCUCUGAUCUGCCGGACUCACUAAACACAUGCUUUGUUUGUAAAUGAUGUCUGAGUGUUGGAGCGUGCCUCUGGCUAUCUGUAAAUUAAAAAAACAAGAAAAUGGUGCCAUCUGGUUUGCUUAAUAUAAGGAAUUUGAAAUUAUUUAUACUUUUACUUUUGAUACUUAAGUAUAUUUUAGCAAUUACAUUUACUUUUUAUACUUUAGUAUAUUUAAAACCAAAUACUUUUAGACUUUUACUCAAGUAGUAUUUUACUGGGUGAUUUUCACUUUUACUUAAGUCAUUUACUAUUAAGGUAUCUUUACUUUUACUCAAGUAUGACAAUUGGGUACUUUUUCCACAACUGCAAACUGCAGACUGAAAGCCUACAUACAAGCCAGAACUAUGUGUUGUUCUUCAUCUACAUGCAGUCAUAGAUAGGAUAAAGCAACAUUGUGUCAGAAAGGUCAUGACUUCAACAAAAGGAAGGAGGAGGAUGCAUAAUCAGAGUAUUUCUUCCUGUGUGUGUCCCUACAGGAGCUGCAGAGCACAGAGAGCCUUGUGGAGGCUGGAGGCAGGUCUGCUGCAGGCCCACUGUGGGAGGAGCCCAACACAACAGAGACUGCAGUACAGCCCUCUCCAGCUACAGGUCUGUUCCUAUUUGUUACCUAGGAGACUGCUGUCUAACUGCUGCUACUCUGACACCUAGUGGUGGCCAUUUGUAUUGUUUCUAUAACCCAUAAAAUCCUGUUGCUAUUCGAUAUGCAUGCUAGUCAUGUGUUACUCAUUGUCUGAUUAGCAAAUGAACACUUUAAGCUGUUAAACACAUUAUUCAACUUGGUCUUCCUGUGGUUAAAGUCACAUUAGGACCCACUGUCUGGGCUUACUGUAUACUGUGAUGCAGAGCCUUGCUCUGAUUCAUGUAAACAUGUGUCCGUCUGGUUUUCAGAGUCACAACAAGCUCCCAAGGAACAAACAGAAGUGUGUAUGAAUGCCACAGCGACUAGACAGAAUGCCACUGUCCUCCGUCCAGUCCUAUCAGAGCACGCCACACAACAAGCUCAACCAAUGACCGCACAGGUGAGAUCACCUGCCAACCAAUCAAUGGCCCCCAAUGCUGCAAAUAGCCAAUCAUUUGUGCACUGCUGUACCUCAAGCAGAAGCCGUACCCAGGAGUGUGCAGCGCCAUAGAACCUUCGGAUAGAAAUGCAUUAUGUAGAACAGACAUGAUUCUAUACUGUGUAGAAUAGGUUAUCACAUAAGCUCUGUAAAUUACAUUUCUAUCUGCUUUGUUCUAACUAAAUAUUUUGAAGAAUCCCCUGGUCAUGUUUUGAUCAUUGUGUUCCUAACCUUUCUGGUUCUGAUCUUAGGUCAGUGAGCCCAGCCUGGAGUCAUCUCAGAGAGCAGAGGAAGUUGCUGCCUUGGCUGAUCCAGGACCUGUCAGAAAGAAACCACCAUGUGAAGCGCCCACAACAGGUAAGCAAAAUCUUUUUUUCAGAACAGAAUGAACUUCAAACUGCCUUUUCCCAAUACUCUUUAUUUCCCGCAGCCCUCUCAGCUAUGCUAUCACACACCCCAACUUCUUUUUCCUUUGUGUCUCCAACUGGCACUCUGUGUUUUUGCCUGUGAACUCUCUAUCUAUCCUCUCCUUUUCUCCUCCUCACCCCCUUGCCCUCCCUCCUUCCUCCCCCUCCUUCUUGCUUGUGCUGUAGAGCUGGCUAACAGUGCCAGUUAUCCACCAGCAACCGGCAACCCUAGGUUAGGCCUACGUUGGGAGUUCUUCACCCCGCCAGGUAAACUGCUCACUGAUUAGUUGAGCUUGCCUGUAACCCUCUUUGGGGUUCACAUACUCAUACAUAGUACAGGGUUUCCCCAGGGCUUCCCCAGGGGCUGGGUGAAAGCAUUGGAAACCUGUUUCCUCACUCUACUAGUUUUGUCAUUUAUUAUUGGAGUCCUGUGGAUCCCAUUAUAUUUUACAUUAAGUUGGUCUUAUAGUGCUGUAAUUACUAUAGUAACAAUGUUAAUACAACAUUGUUACAAGUAUACUACAGUGUUACUACACAGGUAUCAGAGCAACUUCAUGUCAAGUGUUACAGCAUUGUUGAAUGUUGAUUUUGGUGCACUUUUACACAGGAAACUGGAAUUGUUAGCCACACAGUAAUGAAAAAUACCACACAACUCGUAGCUUUUCAGCAACUCAAUAUUCACCUUCAUACCUUAUCACCUUGAUUUGUUCCCUUAUCACCUUGAUUUGUUCCCUUAUCACCUUGAUUUGUUCCCUGCCACCUUUUGCUUCAUUCCCUCAUUCCUUUAACUGACAUUCAUUAUGUAAAUAGCUUUUUCCAUGUGUUCACACAAAGACAGUGUAGUUAGCAAAUUAAAUUACUAAAAAGAUCAUGUCCACUCAGCAUCAGUUCCUGUGUUUGAAAGAUGCUUGUUUUCUAACCGGCUACCUUUUUCACUGUACCUCUAUUUCAUAGAGGGGGCAGAGCAGGAGCGUGGUAAAGCAGCGGUAAGUAGAUCCUUACUGUUCCAUCUGCUAUAGUCUUUCCUGGUAGAGUUAUAAAGGGUUUUUUACUGGUUCUCAUCUGGUUGAGACAAAAAUCUUAAAAUGGUGUCAAUACAGUCCACAUUGCAUUGGAUACGAUGCAUCUUAACAGACAAUCCUGGGUUGUGUUCAUUAGGGCACACAGUAACAAAACCAUGAAACAAAAACAAACGUAUUCUUAUUGGGCAAGUUCAAUAUUGGCUCCCUGUUUCACUCCAUUUCAGAGCGUGUUCUUCCGUUUUGUGUCUACUGAGCACAAUCCUUUUGUUGUUUUUCCUAUAUAUUUAGGACCUCCCUAAGACCCAGUGAUUGAUUGGUCAUUGUUCAUUGGCUCAACCUAUCAGAUGAGGAUUAUGUACAAAGCAACCAGCAUUGCUCUUCAUCCCCUCAUCGCUCUCUCUUUUCUCUCUCCUUAGUAGGACACCUGUGGCUAGCAUGGACAUAGUGCUGUUGUAGAUCAACUGUGUGUCUCCUCUAUACCCUUUCUGUGGAUGUGUGUGUACUUUGGUUUAUGGGUGUGUGGGUCGGCGUGUGUGUAUAUGCAUGCUUGUGUUCACAAAUGUGUGUGUGUGUGUAUGUACGGAUGUGUGCAUGCGUGUCUGUGUCUGUGUGUGUGUGUGUGUGUGUGUGUGUGUGUGUGUGUGUGUGUGUGUGUGUGUGUGUGUGUGUGUGUGUGAGCCCCGGAUGGGCCCUAUCAGGUCACUCAGGUGUCAUCCCCAGUAGUGGCCCAGGCUAAGCGGGGUGACCGCUGGUCUUGGGACCCAGAUGAGGAGCGACAGCGUCAGGAAAGGUGGCAGCAAGAGCAGGAGCGCAUGCUUCAGGUAGCCUGAGUUAUGCUACUAAACACCCAAAAGCUAAGCCUGACUUAGCUUGCUGCUAAAUACUCAUUAAAAAAAACUAGGCCUGAUUUGGCUUGCUGCUAAAUACACAUGAACAAAAGCUAAGCCUGAUUUAGCAUGCUGCUAAAUACUCAUUGAGAAAAACUAGGCCUGAUUUAGCAUGCUGCUAAAUUCACAUUAACAAAAGCUAGGCCUGAGUUAGCAUACAGCUAAUAAUAUGUUAACAAAAGGCCUGAGUUAGCAUACUGCUAAUAAUAUGUUAACAAAAGGCCUGAGUUAGCAUGCUAAAGCUAGGCCUGAGUUAGCAUGAUGGCCUAUUGACAUUAGCUAAAGCUAGGCCCGAAUAACCCUACUGAUUACUGAAUCUAUGGUCUGCAGCACCAGUUACAUUUACCCAAAGCAGGUGCUAACUUUCUAUUAGCUUGCAGACACAUUUCAAUUAACCACAAUCUUGAGUCGACCCCCAAUCUGCUACUCACUGCUGUGCCACAGUGGCCACACAGUGGCAGCAUUGCACAAUAAAAGCUGUGUGCUAUGGCAUGUCCUGCGUGUCUCACACUCACUCGCCAGAACCCCAAAUCUGCCGCCAGUCAACUUCGCUCUCCUCCUCUACCUACCCAUCAUAGGGUGUGUCUCAAUACUCCAAAUAGCCUUGUCUCCUUGUUUUCUUUCCUUCAUCCUCACCUAACCUAUAUUCUACAGACGAAGGUGAGGAGAUGAGGAAAGAAAACCAUUUCAGACUAUUGAGAUCCACCCACAGGGUUUGCUUGGCUGAUGCAUGAACUCUUGUCACCCCUAAACCCCCUUGUCGGUGCAUGGUGUGUCUGUUUCUUUGGUUGGCAGCUUUUUGACUGUCUUUUCUAUAUCUUUACAGCUCUCAUCAUACAUGCAUGCUAUGUUUGUGUAUGCCCACUUUUUCCUGUCACAUGAUUGGCCCAUGCUUCUCAAUGGUACUUAAUACAGACCUGAACUAGCACAAGUUAUUUAUUGAGAUGAAAUCCAAUGUUAAUGGAUAGUUCACCUCAAUCUAAGCUUAUCAGAUGUUUUCAUCUUUCAAAAGGAGUAUGAAGUUGAGUCUUCCACAUUUCACACCAUCUUUCAAGGAAAAAUCCACUAAAAAACGAUAUUUUGGUAUUUUUUUCAUUAGUCCACUGUUAAUACAAUCCCAAAAUGUUUUGUCAGCAAGUUUUCAAGAUAUCGGAUUUUCAUGAAGUAAAGUGUCACCAGCCAUCAUCAUGUUUUAGGGAGAGUGAUAAGUACUUUCAGUUCGUUACUGAUAGAACUCUAAAACAAAGUGGCAAACCCCGAUAUGCUUUAUGGCCAGGUAUGGCCCAACAGGCAUCUGUUCUGUCUAUCUCUCCAUCCGUCUGUCUGUAUGACAUGUCAUUUCUCCUUGUUGAUGAAUGUGUGCCAUCUCUCGUUGCCAUGGUAACAGGAGAAGUACCAGCAUGAGCAGGAGAAGCUGAAACAGGAGUGGGAGAGAGCGCAAAGAGAGGUGGAAGAGGAGGAGAGGAAAUACCAUGAGGAGGUGUGUGUGUGUGAGUGUGUGUGUGCAUGUGUGCGUAUAUGAAUGUGACUGCUGACUGAAUACAAACUUCUUAUCAUCCUAUCAGUGUCCUCCUAUUGUUUCCCUACAAUGACUCUUACCUACAUUCUGCCCUCCCUCUCUCCAUAACUCCGUCCCUCCUCUCCCUCCUUCUCCCCUCCCACCCCCUCUCCCUCCCCUCCCACCCCCUCUCCGUCCCUCCCUCCCUCCAUCCCUCCCUCCUUCCUUCUCUCCUUCUCUCCCUCCUUUCCUCAUUCCCUCCCUUCCUCCACAGGAGCGUAGGAUACUAGAGGAGACUGUGGCCCCCCUGACCCCCCUCUCCUCCACCCUGCCCUCGCCCAUCCGGGGGGAUGGCCCCACGCCCAUGGACCCCCAGGACACCGUUGUCCGGUCGCUGGCCGACUGGGAACGCAAGCAGGAGCUGCUGGAGAGGCAGGGGGUGAGAGGAGAAGUUAUAUUGGGUUACCUAUUAAAUUAAAAUAACGUGUUGUAAAUAUGUAUAUAUGUAUAUAUUAUUAUAAUAAUUAUUUGUAUUAUUGUUUCAUUUACUUUCUUUUUUGACCUGCACUGUUAGAGCAAUUACAUCUGUGCAUGUGACUAAUAAACCCAUCUAAUCUAAUCUGUUAACAGGCCAUGUGGUUUUGUUACAGUGGAUUAUAAAGUGUCAUAAUUUGACACAGUUAAAAGGCACUCUACUCAGUGUAUGAGUAGGGACGUGGACUUCACUAAUCCAGUGAAAUUGUGAACUAACUGUUUGAAUUUAUUGAACAGCUAAUAUGACAGUUAAUGUGUUUCGGUGGAUUUUAGGGUGAUUGUAACAAACCCUUUGAAACUCUCUUCCUCUCUCUUCAUCCACCAGGGGAACACAGAGUGUGUGGAAUGGAAAGGACAAGAUAACGACAGUAGUAGUGACAUCAGCACAGCAUCCAGAGAUGAGAACCUGAAAACAGCAGUCAGGUCAGUCUAAGAGCGUGUGUGUCUGUGUGUGUCUGUGUGUGUCUGUCUGUGUCAGUACACGUGUGUGUCUGUGUGUGACCUUGAACCCUAUAAUGGGCAUGAGAAUAAUGACUUUCUAUAUAAUGUCAUUGGUCAUUAAUGAAACUGAAAUGAAUCAAUCAUUGAAUCAAUCAAUCGUCCACAACUCAAUCAGCCAGAACAGCAGUCAGGCAGACAAGCUGACGCCGAGUCUGCAGAAUGGUCAGAGAGCACCACCCGCCAUGGCCGUGCCCCAGCCCCACAACAAGAAACAAUAUACAGAGGUCUUACUAGACUACACCAAACCCAGCAAGCAGGCGCCCUCUCGGGACAGGAGGUAUUUGUGCUUGCGGAGGGAUUAGGGGUGAGGGGAGGGGUGUGUUCAUGUGUGCGUGUGAGUUUGUUCUAUCAUUCACAAGCCAAUAUUCACUGUGUUAUGCAGAGGGGCUUCUCUUUUGGUUAUUAGUGCUUCUCCACAUCUUCCAUCAUGGACAUGCCUUUUACUCAGAUGGCCAGUAGGUGGUCCCAUAAUUCAUCUAUGUUGCCUCACUGUCAAGAUGAGGCUUUAUAGGGAAAUGACAACAGAGAUGUUGUAAAUGUAAAUGUAAAUGUUUUAUUUAGUAAUUCACAAAAAAAGUCCCUGAUUUAUAGUCCAACCAAUUAAAACAGAUUCUUAUUAGUGGUUCAAGAGAUUGAAAAAGUAAGAACACAUAUUGGUAAACCUACUGCCUAGAGUAGGAAUUUGUCAAAUGCAGCUGUAUUGCACACUGUAUGGUCCAUAUAAUUGGCAACAACGUUGUAUUUUCACCUAUAGAACCUUAUUAUUGUUUGUUCGGCUCAUAUAGUUUUGAUUGGUACAAUUCAUACUAAAGGAUUCAAUCAUGUCCAUGUUGCUAGGCAGGCCGUCAUGUUGCAUGUUGCUUUUCAUCUCCAGGUGUGGCUCCAUUGAAUCCAUGGGGCCCAGUCCAUUAAAGUCACCCACAACAUGCCCAUCCGACAUGCCUCAAUCGCCAAACAGGUACAGCCACCAGAGGGCGCCAAACUCAGCUCCUUGAGGCCCCACUCACUACUGCUUUUGUCAUCUGUUAUAUUGAGAACGAUAUUGAACUUGCCGGAAGUAUAUGGUUUGAUCUGUGCUUCUCUGUGAAAAGUAUCAUGUCAGCUCUGUAGAAGACAUUGCUGGUAUCUCGAACUGGUCUGAGUCCAUAUCCCACAUCAUCAAAUGUAUAGAUCAAUAUACUGUACUAGAUGUGAAUCUGAGGAAUCUAAAAGCAUCAAUCCCUCAAUUCUUCAUUCACUAUCACUGGACCAUAUAUCCACUGGACCAUACUUCAUUUGGCACUGCGGUCAUUCAGUUUGUGCUGCUCAGUAGUCAGUCUGUGGUAACCUGGACUGGGUUCUUCCCUGCAGGUCGGUGAGCGGUAAGAAGCUGUGCUCCAGUUGCGGUCACCCUCUGGGAAAAGGGGCGGCCAUGAUUAUUGAGACCCUCAGCCUUUACUUCCACAUCCAGUGCUUUAAGGUCAGUGUCACUCAGGCAGGAUGUGUUAGGUCAGAACACUAUCACCACAACACCACAGUUAGUAGCAGGCUGUGUUAGGUCAGAACCCUAUCAUCACAACACCACACCCAUCCACAGUUAUUAACCACAGGAUCCUGACUAAUGUAAUUGAUGAUGAAUUCUAAUCCAAGCCCUAGACCCAACCCCCCAGAAACUCCUUGUUGAUCUUUAAGGAUUGUAAAGGUCACAGGAGGUUGAUGGCACCUUAAUUGGGGAGGACAGGCUCUUGGUAAUGACUAGAGAGGAAUAGGUGGAAUGGUAUCAAAUACAUGGGGCGGCAGGUAGCUUAGUGGGUAAGAGCGUUGUGCCAGUAACCGAAAGGUCGCUGGUUCUAAUCCCCGAGCCGACUAGGUGAAAAUCUGUCGAUGUGCCCUUGAGCAAGGCACUUAACCCUAAUUGCUCCUGUAAGUCGCUCUGGAUAAGAGCGUCUGCUAAAUGACUAAAAUGUAAAAUGUAAAUAAAAAACAUGGUUUCCUUGUGUUUGAUGCCAUUCCAUUUGCUCCGUUCCAGCUAUUAUUAUGAGCCUCCACUGGUAUAGGUGUAAGUAACCUAACGUAGCAUGGGUUAAAGAAACACCUGAAAAUAGAUCCCCUACAUACUGGUCUGAAACUAGAUCCCCUACAUACUGGUCUGAAACUAGAUUCCCUGCAUACUGGUCUGAAACUAGAUCCCCUACAUACUGGUCUGAAACUAGAUCCCCUACAUACAGUACUGGUCUGAAACUAGAUCCCCUACAUACAGUACUGGUCUGAAACUAGAUCCCCUACAUACAGUACUGGUCUGAAACUAGAUCCCCUACAUACAGUACUGGUCUGAAACUAGAUCCCCUACAUACAGUACUGGUCUGAAACUAGAUCCCCUACAUACUGGUCUGAAACUAGAUCCCCUACAUACUGGUCUGAAACUAGAUCCCCUACAUACUGGUCUGAAACAAGAUCCCCUACAUACUGGUCUGAAACUAGAUCCCCUACAUACUGGUCUGAAACUAGAUCCCCUACAUACUGGUCUGAAUCUAGAUCCCCUACAUACUGGUCUGAAACUAGAUCCCCUACAUACUGGUCUGAAACAAGAUUCCAUACAUACUGGUCUUGACAAGAAGAAAAAACUGUCGGGAGGUUCUCUUCUGCACUGUUCAACCAAUCCAGUAAAUGUGGAGGAGGAGUUAAGAUGGCGUGUCACCUUGUUAAUGUCCAAAAGCGGAAGUCGUGUCACAGACUCUCUUUCCAUUUCCCCUGAAAACCAGAACAUCCGGUGGUUGGGGACUCGGCAGAGGCUAAGGUGUAAGCAAUAUGCCAAAUGUCCCACCUGACCAAUCAGAAGGCAAGGUGAAGGAAUUGCCAUAUUGCUGAAACCUUUCCGAUCCUCUCUGAUCAACAUACUCACCAAUGCCGUCAGCCUUGUCAGAUCAGUGAUUACUACAAGGAAGGAAGGAAAAAAUUAUGCAUUUUCAAAGUAUUCAAACAAAGCAUAUGUCUUACACUAUGUAUACAAAAGUAUGUGGACACCCCUUCAAAUUAGUGGAUUCAGCUGGUUCAGCCACAGCCGUUGCUGACAGGUGUAUAAAAUCGAGCACACAGCCAUGCAAUCUCGAUAGACAAACAUUUGCAUUAAAAUGGCCUUACUGAAGAGCUCAGUGACUUUCAACGUGGCACCGUCAUAGGAUGGCACCUUUCCAACAAGUCAGUUCGUCAAAUUUCUGCCCUGCUAGAGCUCCCCUGGUCAACUGUUGUGAAGUGGAAACGUUUAAGAGCAACAACGGCUCAGCCGCGAGGUGGUAGGUCACACAAGCUCACAGAACGGGACCGCCGACUGCUGAAGCGCGUAGCGUAUAAAAUAUAUUCUGUCCUCGGUUGCAACACUCACUACCGAGUUCCAAACUGCCUCUGGAAACAACGUCAGCACAAUAACUGUUUGUCGGGAGUUCCAUGAAAUGGGUUUCCAUGGCCGAGCAGCCGCACACAAGCCUAAGAUCACCAUGCGCAAUGCCAAGCGUCGGCUGGAGUGGUGUAAAGCUCGCCACCAUUGGACUCUGGAGCAGUGGAAACGCGUUCUCUGGAGUGAUGAAUCACGCUUCACCAUCUGGCAAUCCGACGGACAAAUCUGGGUUUGGCAGAUGCCCGAAUGCAUAGUGCCAACUGUAAGGUUUGGUGGAGGAGCAAUAAUGGUCUGGGGCUGUUUUUCAUGGUUUGGGCUAGGCCCCUUUGUUCCAGUGAAGGGAAAUCUUAACGCUACAGCAUACAAUGACAUUCUAGACGAUUCUGUGAUUCCAACUUUGUGGCAACAGUUUGGGGAAGGCCCUUUCCUGUUUCAGCAUGACAAUUCACCCGUGCACAAAGCGAGGUCCAUACAUAAAUGUUUUGUCGAGAUCAGUGUGGAAGAACUUCACUGGCAUGCACAGAGCCCUGACCUGAACAUCUUUGGGAUGAAUUGGAAUGCCGACUGAGAGCCAUACCUAAUUGCCCAACGUCAGUGGCCGACCUCACUAAUGCUCUUGUGGCUGAACAUAUCUAGUGGAAAGCCUUACAUUUUACAUUUACAUUUUAGUCAUUUAGCAGACGCUCUUAUCCAGAGAGACUUACAGUUAGUGCAUACAUUAUUUUUUUAUAUAUUUUUUUUCAUACCCCCUGUGGGAAUCGAACCCACAACCCUGGCAUUGCAAACGCCAUGCUCUAUCAACUGAGCUACAUCCCUGCCGGUCAUUCCCUCCCCUACCCUGGACGACGCUGGGCCAAUUGCACGCCGCCCCAUGGGUCUCCCGGUCACGGCCGGCUACAACAGAGCCUGGAUUCGAACCAGGAUCUCUAGUGGCACAGCUAGCACUGCGGUGCAGUGCCUUAGACCACUGCGCCACUCGGGAGCCUUCCCAGAAGAGUGGAGGCUGUUGUAGCAGCAAAGGGGGGACCAACUCCAUAUUAAUGCCCAUGAUUUCGGAAUGAGAUGUUCGACGAGCAGGUGUCCACAUACUUUUGGUCAUGUAGUGUGUUUUGCCUCCUCCUUCCUCUCUCUUUCUCGCUCUUCCCUCUCUCUCUCUCUCCUUCUCUUUCUCUCCCUCCCUCUAUUUAUCUAUGUCUUCCUCUUCCCCCUCUCUUCCCCCUGCAGUGUGGGGUCUGUAAGGGGCAGCUGGGUGACACCACGAUGGGGACAGACGUGAGGAUUCGGAACGGCCUCCUCAACUGCCACCAGUGCUACAUCCGCUCCCGCUGUGAGUCACACAAACUCACAUCCACGCAUGCACACAUACACACUCACGGUUACACACGUAUACACACUUGCAUACUCUCUCUCUCUCUCGCGCUCUCUCUUGCUGACACACACACACACAUGCACACACCUAUACAUUUGGCUCCCUCGCUUUCACAUGAUAAAUAGCUACAUCACACACUAAUUCAAUUUAGCUGAUAUAAGAGUAUUGUGUACUCAAUUGCCUCAGAGAAAUACAUGUAUUUUUCCUUAAUCCCAUUAAAUAUGAUAAUCAUCUAGUAGAGAAUUUACGGUUGUCCUUAUUGUUGCUCCAUUUCUAUUCAGCAGCCGGCCAGCCAACCACAUUGUGACAACGUUGGGUCAAUGGAAAGCACAAGGAUUACGGAGAAAUUGUCUCCCUUCUUCCUGCUUCUCUGUAUAAUCAACAUAUGUGUGGAAUGUGUCUUGUCUGUCAAUGCCUAUGUGGGGAUUUUCGCAAUGUCUGCAAUUCACAUCCCAUCGGGUUUAUUGAAAUGGUCCAAAUAAUGCCUGACAUUGGAAAGUUGUGUGCAUAGAAUAUUAGUCAGACUGAUCAUAGUCGCCCUAUUGAUUCUAUUGGCCCUGUAUGAUCACAGCUCAGAGGUUCUCACUUCCUCGUUUCCAUAUGCACCCACAAGCCCUCAAGAGGAUGGCGGCCAUUUUGAAUCUGAGCUCUGAAACUGUAAAUAUGGUGCAUACAGUAUAACAGCCUCCAUCACUUCAAAACUGUAUAGGAAACUCAUGAAAAUACUAAUGCAAUGAAGUCCAACAAACGAAUGUGGCACUUAUUUGUUUGUAAGAAAACCCUUUAUUUUAAUUGAAUUAUUCUCUGGUAUCCAGGUUGUUAGAUAGGCCUUAUUAGUCUUUAGUUUGUAACUUUAGCUUCUAAUUUGGUCGCUAGAGAAGGUUGUCAAGAUUUCAAAUGAAAGUUUCAAGUAAUAGAAGUGUAUUCCAUUUUGCUGACUUGAGAUCUUUAGGGGUUAUUUCUCGAUGGUCAACAAAAGGCUUAGAAAAAGCAUGAUUGUUCCUCCCAAUUUAGAUUUUUCACUUAAACCACAAUUAACCCAAACUCUGGUUUAAAUUCUGGGAGUUAAAUAGUUUAGCUGCCUAUCUUCUUUCCAGGCAGCUCCAACAAUGUAUUUUAUCUUUUAUUUAUUGGAUAAAAACAUAUACUGUGCUGUCACUAGGCUAUAGGCCUACAUUACAGUAACGUUGCACGUCGGCCUGACAACGUUAUCCUUUUCUCUCUUUCUUUGCUCGAAACAAAUGUCCGCUCACAAAGUUAGAUGUACAUGAUUUUAGAGCAAUAACACAAACUGAUGCAUGUAAACUGGUUGUGGAGGUAAACAACCAUCAUUAUGGAUUUAUGCUACUGUACUAAAUCAUUCCGUUAACUCUUAACUGAUUCUCUUAAGGAAUUUCACACUUGGAAUGUCAUGAAACAUGUGCCUUAGGUAAACAGGUGAUUGCACACGCAAGGGAAGGGAACCCAAAGAUUGUAUCCACUUAAAGGAAAACUCCAUCCAAAAACCAUCUUUUGGUAUUUAUUUCAUUAGUCCAUUGUUGAUAUAGUCCCAAAAUGUUUUGCUUGUCAGCAAUCAAGUUAUCAAGAUAUAUCACUUUUAAAAUACAGAAAUCAGCAAUAGCAUCAUAUGGGGAUGAUUUCUGUAUUGUGAAAGUUACAUAUCUUUAAAACUUGAUUGCUGACAAGCAAAACAUUUUGAGACUAUAUCAACAAUGGACUAAUGAAACAAUUACCAAAUGAUAGUUUUUGGGUGGAGUUUUCCUUUAAGUAUGAUUGGGUAGGAUGGGAGGUUUUUGUCCAAAUAGUGCUAAAAACACAGGAGACACUGA